CCGGGCUCGCCUCCUUCUCCAAGGCGAUCAAUAGGAUCUCAGGCGCACUCCAAGCCCUCUCUUACGUAGACACCCAACAAGGAGAGAGCCGAUACAACAACACGCGUGAUCUGCUCCCAACAGCAAAAACUCUACCUGCUUUCUGAAUCAUGUCGUUGAGCCCAAAGCACACAACGCCGUUUUCAGUCACAGAUAUUUUGAGUCCAAUCGAGGAGACCUACAAGAAGUUCAGUGCCAUGGACGGCGCAGGGAACCUAACCUCUCCGCUGGGAGCCUACCGGCAGCCUCAGGUGUCUCAGACCGGCAUGCAGCAGCACUCCAUGAGCCACAACGGCGGCGUGGCGGCCGCCUACCACAUGCCGCACUCGGUGUCCCAGUUCUCCCACAGCGCCAUGGGGGGAUACUGCAAUGGGAACAUUGGCAACAUGGGAGAGCUGCCGUCCUACCAGGAGACCAUGAGGAAUAGCGCUGCAGCAACAGGCUGGUACAGCACCAACCCUGAUCCGAGAUACUCCACCAUUUGUAGAUUCACGGGACCUUCCGCAGGUAUGAACAUGGCGGGCAUGGGUGCCCUCGCGGGGAUGGGGGACGCCUCCAAGUCCAUGCCGGCCCUGCACGCUGCGCCCAGGAGGAAGCGGCGGGUCCUCUUCUCGCAAGCUCAGGUCUACGAGCUGGAGAGGAGGUUCAAGCAGCAGAAGUACCUGUCGGCGCCGGAGAGGGAGCACCUGGCCAGCAUGAUCCACCUGACGCCGACCCAGGUUAAGAUCUGGUUCCAGAACCACCGGUACAAGAUGAAGCGCCAGGCCAAGGACAAGGCGGCGCAGCAGAUGCAACAACAGCAGCAGCAACAGCAGCAGCAGCAGCAGCAGCAGGACGGGACCGUGUGCCAACAGCAGGCCCAGUCCCCGCGGCGCGUAGCCGUACCGGUUCUGGUCAAGGACGGCAAACCGUGCCAGAACGCCUCCAACACGCCGACGCCGAACCAGCAAGCCGUGCAGCAGAACGGGGCCGGAGUGGUGCUGGGCCAGCACCAGAACCAGCAGCAGGUCAACGAUUUGGACCUGGAGGAGAUGUCGCCCAGCCCCCCCUCGCUGCACAGCCAGCUCAGCAUGGCCCAAAUAGACACUUCUGCCGUAGAUUACACCAGUAACAUGGUCACCUCGAACCUCCUCUACGGCAGAACGUGGUAGGGCCACUUUUUCUAUCGACUUGCCCUAACCACACGCGCGUAAAAGACAGCAAAUACACUUUGUGGUCCGAUAUUAUAUUUAAAAACAACAACAACAACAACAGAGACAGAGACAGAGAGGGAGAGGGCCCCGGGCCCGCACAGACCAGAGAACCAGCUGAUCAGGGCACAUUUUCUUGACAUCUCUAAAGAAGGGAGUCUAUUUUUGAACAUUACACACACAUGGCCGACCCUUGAAAGCCAAUUAAGACGCUUUGGAGCCCUUUUGUAAUCUUUUUGGACCUCCCUUCAUGAUGUUUUAAUGCUAGUCUAUGUUCAAAAAGCAAAACAAAACAAAAAAAAAACAAAAAAACAAAAAACAAAAUCGAUAAGGAGCUGAAUGAAGUCAGCAACCUGGAAUUUUGUCAUAUGGAUAUUGUAACCUAAUGUAUUCCAUUAGAAUUCUUUAAGGAAAUAGGGACUUGUACAUUUUGGCUAACACGAGAAUACGUUUAAUUGUAUAAUAUCUUUAUUUGCGUCCACUUUUACGUUUUCUUUAUUCUUUUGUAAGUUAAAACGAUCAAAUGGAGCUGCUGUAUAUGUUACAAACACAAGUGAACAAUGAGAAUAAAUAACUUGAAGUGUGAGAGCUAUUUGUGAGGAAGUUGUUGUUGUUUUUUUUUUUUUUAAUAAGCAAUCUGUUUUGAAGUGCAUUUUCAUGACGUUGUGACUGCGCUCAAAUUGAGAAGAAAAGCAAGGUCGAUGAGGGAGCCAGUAUUGUUCAGGUGACAUUUUGGAGGGCUGUCUUUUAUCCUGAACGUCUGCAAAAAUCCAAGACCGCAACAUUCCCCCUUCGAAAGACAUUAACAAUCAUUAAGCAGCAGAACAAAAAAAAAAAAAACCCCUCCUGUCUAAUGUAUACGUCUGUGAAUUGAUUUCCCUUACUUUUAUGCCAACGAAUCUUUUGGAAACAGGCCUUCCUUUGUCCCAAUCUAAUUGGACAGUUUGAUGGCCAAUGCGACCUCGCAUUAUUGCAUGAUAUUGGAUAUAACAUAAUUCAUAUAUCCUUGAUUAUUUGAAAUAAUACAUUGACUAUAUAGCAAACACAAAUAUAACUGUAAUGAUUGCUAAAUAAGGGAUUUGAUCGUGCAUGUAUACACACUAUAUCAAUUCAUGCGUGUAAGCUACUGAAUUUGAGCAUAAAUUAGGUUGCCUAAACGCAACUGAUAUAUCUGCAUAUCAGUUAUUAAUAAUGCAAUUUAUUUCGUCUUUUUCAGGUUUCAUGUUGCACUUCUAUUCUGCAACAAUCCAGCAAAUACGCCAUUGCAUCUGAAUCUUCAUAUUGCAAUAAAUAACACGGAAUUGCUGUAUUACAUGCACUUUUUACUAUCACAAUUCAUACUGUAUUAUGUUUUAUUAUAGCGCUAAGAGUAGAACUUAGACAGACGCCGCACGUUUGGAUUGAUUCACCUCACGAACAUGCUCGCGCGUUCACAUAGACGCAAGUGUCGUUGCGAUCGAUCUCCUUAAAAGAGAAAACGAUUUGCGCAAAGCAACUCCAAAGUGUUUAAGCUCCAUCACUCCGGUUGGUGCGUCCUCCCAAAGCAGCGACUGACAAUAGUAUCUCACAUUUCAUUUCCUGUGGUCAUUUCAACAUGUUUGGAAGUGAGUUGUGGAGCCCUUUCGGUGAUGACACCCUGCGAUGAUGAUGAUGAUGAUGAUGAUGAUGGCUAUCAGGGUGUCUCAAUGGCGACCUUGGAGAGCCUCCAUUUUCCAAGCCCUUCACAUACCUGGCAGCUGUAUGUAUAUGCGCUAUCAUCCCCGCACUCCAAGGGCAAUCAGAGCCAAUAUGCACCUGACAUUUGAAAUUGGACGCAACAAGUCUGUCUGAAGGGAGUUGGAUAAGAGAAGGAAACAACGAGAAAUGCAUUCCUGGACGCACUUUGAUGCUGCAAGAUGUUUCGGGGAGAUGUUUUUUUUGCCUCCAAAAUUGAGGGCAUGAACGCGCUGUCAACAAAGCUUUUGAUGGUGGACCACAUGAAAAUGAAAGUGGAGGUGAAGCCAUUCUUUUCUCUUUUCAAUAGCCAUAGUUAUGGCGCUCUAAUAGGCUAUGCUUGGUAAUCACUGCCUAUUGUGUCUGUUGCUUCUUUCACAUUAUUGUGGCGUGGACCUCUCUUUGUAAGGAAAUAUGAGUCUGACCGGGUACUGUAAUUGCUGUUGGAAUCAUCAUUUCAGUCUGGAAAGUUUGGGGGUGACGGUGUCACCUCCACACUCACUCACUCACUCACUCGCACACACACAACAUCCACAUGCAUAUAUAUGCCUUCAUGUAAAUUCAUUCCUCACACACACGUUCACAACUGAAUGAUACAUUUGAUAAAAUAGCCUCUAUUACACAAAGCAGACAUUUCCAUACCUACAUGCCUUCAAUGCCACAUUUAGCUUAUUAUAGAGUCUGAUAAGACGAGGAUAGUCUUUUUUUUUUUCACGCAUGCAAAAGAUUUUUCAGUCUAUUCUUGUCAGGUAAUUGCAGGUUGCACUACAUAAUGUGCAUGUCGUUUCUGCAGCCCCCCCAGAGCCGCCUCCCAACUCCCUUCCUUCCCUUUAUUCUACUUAAUAUGUCAGAAGGUCUGAUCACAGAGGAACCUUUUCAAGUCCUAUUGAUGUGUUCCUCAAUUGACCAUGGCGACCUAGCAACCUAGUGAGCGCUAAUUGGCAAGGGCUUAACAUUAUUGGCUCUAUAGUUUACCUACCAACAUACAUCCUUGUUCAUAUUCUUUUUUCAAAUGUGGAGAGCAAUGUUUUGUGGUAUCGGUCUUGACUCACAAAGAGAUUCAAAUUGAGGCCGUCUUUCCCUCUAAUGAUUUGCUUUCGGGAAACUCUUUUUUUUUUUUUUUAAUUAUCAUGUUCUAUGAAAUAAAAUACGCUGCAAUAAUUGCUGAAUUACCUCUUAAUGAUUCAUUUCAAAAUGAUCAUUGCGCCGGUUUAUAAAACUUUCAAAGGGAAAGAUGCUGUGUAUUUUCAGGUUUUCUUGUUAGGAUGUUAUGUGAAGGACGUUAUCUCAAGUCUUGGUAAACAGACUCCCUACCUUAGGAUAUACUCAGACUAAUUGAUGAAUUAUUCCUACCACGUCACUGCAACGAAGCGAUUAGUUGGUUAAUUGUGAAUUAUGACUAUUGAGUAUAAUUGAUGUGUCUUGAUUCUACUGAGGCAAACGGAGUGCACAAUUUGGUCCGGUCUUAACGAAUUUGCAGUUUGAAGGAGAACGAUGCACACAGACCUCCGCUAUGUUAGGCUGUUCUGCCGAGUACAGGAGUUCAGAACAUUCGAAGAGCGAUCCUCCUUUCCGACCAUCGAGCUAAACAACUGCUACAGAAUGAAGAGAGCGAGUUUAGCCAGGGGAAGUUAGCGUGGAUGUGUCUGCAUGACUUCAUUCACGUUGACAUGAAUGAAGCAUUAAGCUGUAGCUACUCGAUUUGGUUUUAUGUGGGGUGCACGUUUAACGUGAAGCGGUUGAAUCGGGCCUCACGGCGCUCUCUUUCCACUGCUCUGUCUUUCUGUUGUCAGCCAUUUAAUCGUUGUUUUCUCUCACACUUUAUUUUCUGCCCUCUCUAGUUAAUAAAAACAAUAUCUUAAUGACAAUUAAUCAAUCGUUCAUUUUUACUCAUAUGAGAAUUUAAGAAACACAAUAUAAAAUCCUAUAGGUGAGCUUUAUCGAUAUUGGGAUUUAUUUAUUUUUGUUUUGAUAAAGCUUAUAUCGCAGUAGAUUGUGCAGUUGUGCCUAAUGUUGUGACAGGCGGUUGUAUAUUGACCUCAUUAGAGCAGAGAGUCCACCAGGAAAUGGAUUAGAUGAGACGCAGGCAAGAUUAUUAGCAUACGAGUCAAGUCACUAAAUCGGAAAGUUCUGAGCGAUUAAAGAGGAUUGUGUGCGAGUUUUACCAAUGAGAAACAAGCUUUCGUGCAUUCAAAAAAAAAAAAAAAUGUGCUGGAUUUGUUUCGAGUCCUGAAUGUCUUCAAGUGGAAAGGAAAUGGCGUGCAUUUUACGAGAACAGAUCAACAUCACUCCUUCAAAAAAGAUUUGAAUGAAAGUAAAAACUCAACGCAACAUGAUUACAAUGUUUGGAUGAAACAAAAUUUCACAAAUUAACACAAAUUCCAAGGAUUUUGGACUCUGAGCACUAACCACUGAACACUUUUGACGACUGUCUGUACGAGAACGGGGCAUUGGAUUAAGGACGGAAGAACUCUGUUAAGACUGUGUGCCUGAGUGUAUGUGUGGGAUGUGGGCUUGGGGUGGGGGGAGCAUCCCUUAUUAGAAAACCAUGUCACAUUCUCUCCUGACUGGCUGUAAUGCCAAUAAUCCCCCCUCGAAGUCCCCAUAUGCAUGUUUUUCACUUGGACAUAAGUAUUUAAAGAAACUGUUUUCAGUUGCCACUAAUAACUACUGACCUCCGGUGACACAGGCCAACAAUGCGUUUGUCAGGCCUCAAACGCACAACCAAAGAAGCUGAUUAGGAACUCAAGUGGUUUGAAGCAAGAAUCAAUGGCCGCUCUGUCCUGCCGUGGCGCUUCCAGCGUGGCGCGCAUGAUUGUGGGACCUCCAUUAGUUCUGCUUCAUUAAGUCGCACAAACUCUUCUUUAAGAAAAUUAGUUCAGCCAGUCCUACAAAAAAAUCUGUUGGGACUGCGUAGCGGCAGUUCCUGCUGAGAAGCACACGUGUUGAGACUGAAAACAAUAGUAUGUACAAACUUUGCAUUGGAAUCGUAACUUUCAAAUGAUUUGGACGUUUCACUGACUGACUUGGAAUGAGCUGUAGAGUGUGUACUUUAUUUUUAUGGCGAACCCACAUCACCUAAUUUUGUGAUCUCCCAUAGUGAGCUUAUCAAAAAUGCUAACAUUACUAUUAGUGACUCAGCGAGUGCUCGGAAUUGUGUACACACUUUGCAGAAUGAUUCUAAAAGUAUUUUGUUGGUUUUGAAUGAGGGCAACAGAAUCUUUUCCACAGCAAACCUGGACUACUGAUAUUAGCGAUUCAAGAUAUUGGUGGGUUUGCCUGGUUAGCAUUAGCAUCUAUGCUAAAUGUAAUACUCAGUGAUGUGUGCAG